CCCCUCAUCAAAUUUAAACCAGACAUUUAAUUAAAAAUAUUCUUACCUCCCCUCCUCUCUAUUCCAUCUACCCAAAUCAAACACCUUAAGCUUAUAUUACUAAUACAACAUUCGCAUAACUAUAAACUAUCGCUCCUCUUCUUCCCGCUUCCCGCUCCCUCCAUUAAUAUCGGUGACCGAUCCAUCUGAUGUGAAAAACUCAACUGUCAGUGAUUCUUCUCGUCGACGACGACACAACAGAACCAGCACGCAUAACUUAUGCAUCACUUGAACUCUAUCCUCCUCCUCAACACCUUCCAAUGUCUGAGGAAUCUUAAGAGUGCGAAGAUAGAAUAUUCUGUUUUGGUGGGUUGAGUCUUUCAUGUAUGUACCCAUGAAAUCAGGCUAUCAACAGGGUGGAGUUGAAAAUACUCACACGAAGAUUUUACUAACGUCAUUGUCGGCAAUGGCGGCCGAGUCCACUACUUUUCCUAUAGACUUGAUCAAGACCAGGCUCCAACUCCAUGGUGAGUCACUUUCCUCAAGUCGUCCAACCGGUGCAUUUCGAAUAGGCUUAGGCAUUAUUCGUGAACAAGGUCCUCUUGGGCUUUAUAAGGGCUUGUCUCCAGCAAUUUUAAGACACCUAUUUUACACGCCUAUUAGAAUUGUUGGGUAUGAGCAUUUGAGGAGUGUUGUUUCUGCUGACCAUGGGUCACCCUCUAUUAUUGGCAAGGCUGUUGUUGGUGGAAUCUCUGGUAGUAUGGCUCAGGUUAUAGCAAGCCCAGCUGAUCUUGUCAAGGUGAGGAUGCAAGCUGAUAGUCAAAUGAUGAGCAGAGGUCUCCAGCCUCGCUAUUCAGGGCCAUUUGAUGCUUUUAACAAAAUCGUUCAAGCCGAAGGGUUUCAAGGGCUGUGGAAGGGUGUUUUCCCUAAUAUCCAAAGAGCCUUCUUAGUGAACAUGGGGGAAUUAGCCUGUUAUGAUCAUGCUAAGCAAUUUGUUAUUGCAAACAGGAUAGCUGAGGAUAAUGUUUAUGCCCACACAUUAGCUUCUAUCAUGUCAGGUCUAGCGGCAACUUCUUUAAGUUGUCCAGCGGAUGUUGUCAAGACUAGAAUGAUGAAUCAGGCAGCUAAAAAGGAAGGAAAUGUCUUAUACAAGAGCUCCUAUGAUUGCUUGGCAAAGACAGUUCAAGUUGAAGGAAUAAGAGCACUGUGGAAAGGAUUCUUCCCCACAUGGGCUAGGCUUGGUCCAUGGCAAUUUGUGUUCUGGGUUUCCUAUGAGAAGUUUAGAAAAUUUGCCGGGCUCUCUUCUUUCUAGGAUACUAUUUUAUUUAUGCUGUAAAACCUUCAUUCAAGAUAAAGUGAUAGUUCGCAGCCUCAAAAGUGAGUGCCCACACUCAAUUAUUGAUUUUUUUUUUUAUGUUUGUUGUACUAUUAUUUGGAACCCUUUAUGUGCAGUUACAUUGUCUCCAAGUGUUACUCGUUUUUUUUUUCAACUUUCAAUUUAUAUUGCUCUUAUUUAUUUUAGGAUA